GAUCGGAAAAUGUAUAAAUAAGCGGGCUCGCUUGCAAGCGAUAGCAUUCAGUCUGUUACGGUCGAUCAGUCGGUUGGUUGGUUCGUUGUUAUAGGGUACUGCUACUGUUGGUUUUGUUUGCCGGUGUGGUACGACUAAAAAUGUCAUCGCCUACACAAGUGAUAAAAUGUAUUGGACCAAAAUUGGUGCCGUUUUUUAAAAGUGUGUCCGUAUAUUUUGUAUUACUUGCUGAACAGCCAUCCGUGUUGACGGCUUGUUUAAAAUGUUUACCAAUAAUAAGCCUUAUUUUUUUCGUCUUAUUACAUGGUAUCAGUUUGUCUAAAGAAUACACUUUUUCCAGACGCAUAUUAACGGGAUUAGUAUUUAGUUGCAUAGGUGAUGCAUUUUUAGUAUGGCCUAAUGGUUUCACCGCGGGGAUGUGCAUGUUUGCCAUAGCGCAAAUCAUGUAUAUAAUCGCAUUUGAAUUCAAACCUCUCAAUUUAAAACUGGGCGCGGUACUGUACAUGCUUAGUUCUGUUGUCACAUAUACUUUAUUGCCCGGACUGAGCGGUGUUUUAGCGAUAGGAGUACCAAUUUAUACAGUAUUAAUUACUACUAUGGCAUGGAGGGCGAUAUCACGAGUACAAUUCUUCGGGGAAUUAUGGACAUGGACUAAAUUAUGCAGUUGUAUCGGAAGUAUUUGCUUCGUUAUAUCUGAUACUUUGCUCGGGUUUCACCACUUCCACACUCCAUUACCAUACGCGCAAGUGUCUAUUAUGCUGACGUAUUACGCAGCGCAAUUAGGCAUUGCAUUGAGCGCGGUGGACUCGAAAAACAAUAGUAAUAACAGAGUACCUGCCAGUAAAGGCUGAAAUGUCUACGCUUAGUUGUUAUUUAUCUAUCGACGAAAAUGCAUUUGCAUAGAUACAAAGUGGAUUCGAAAGGGGACCUAUCCGCUUUAAACUUGUGCAUAAUUUUCCGUGGGAAAUCGUUGUGAUAAUAUAUCUUAGGCAUGUUGAAUACUUCGUAGCCAUAAUAUCGAUUAAAGAAGCUCAAAAGGAUUUAGAGCAGUAAGAUGUACCUUUGACUGUAGAGAGACUUAUAUAUACAUAUAUUUUGUUGUAUCAUUAAUAUGGUACAAACUAUACUAUACUAUACUAUGUAGUAUAUCGAUUAUAGAGACUUCAUACUAACUAUAUUUGUGAUUUUCUAUUUUUUGUUUGUCUUUUUAGAAAGAUUUAAAAACGACGUGCAGAUAAACAUAAUAAAAGAAUAUUUUAAUAGGAAAGACCAAUUAGUUGCUUCACAAGAGAUAGAGGGAAGUUUACACGAAGUGAACACUUAAUAUCAAGAUAAAAAGAUGUCAAGAAUAAAUUGUAAUAGUUAAUUUUUAUUUGACUCUUAGCGAAAAUUUUUUGACACGUAAUGUUGUCUUUAUUAAAGUAGGGGAACUGUAGUAAUGUGUUAGAACUAUUUUAUAAUCAAAAUUUCUUUAAAUGUAAAGAGAACAGAUAUACUAAAUUGUUAGUGUUAAAUAUUUGUUACACGUAUAUAGUGUUGCAUUUAAGAUUAUAAAAAGUUAUUUCUUGUUUACAUACUCAAGCCAAAAUGCAAUAGCCUAUUUGCGAUAUACGUUGCGAAUAACGUAAAUAUUAUAUGUAAUAUGUAUACUGUUGUAAAGGAAAAUAUUCUUGUACGCGUAUAUUACAUAAGUAAUCUAUUCAUCAUCGUCAAUGUUAUUACACACUCUAAAAUUAUCAUUUUAGAAAUGAUCUGUUAUACUAUAGCUACAGAUUAUACUAUAGAUAAAUUCUUUAUAUUGAUGUGUGUUGUAUGUUACUGUGGCUGCGUUCGCUUUGGGCGCUUAUGCGCUGUAAGCGUCAUUCUGUCUUCUUCCUGCAUGUAAUGAGUAAUAAAGAUAGAAUGACGCUUACAGCGCGUAAGCGCCCAAAGCGAACGCAGUCUGUAUAUCAUCAUGUUAUGUGAUACGGCUUGUAUCUUUAUUCUAACAUGAAUUGUUAACACUGCCGUUUUCUUUGGCAAACAAAAAUUGGACAACUACAUAUAUAUACACAUAUAUAUGAUGCCAUAGCUGAAAUAUGGUUUACAAAAGAUUCAA